UAUAGGGUGGCUUCCUCGUGGGUGUGACGGGUUCAACUUCGAUGAGGUUGUACUGCGACAAAUUGAUUUUCUAGGUUUGGUAAUUGUUUUUUAUUUAGUUUAAGAUUGAGUUUGAAGAAAAAUAAUACAGUUCUGGUUUUUUUCUUCCGUUUAUCUGGAUUUAUGGCUUGAUAGAGAUGAUAGUGGGUUUUAAGUCUCAAAUACAAUAAUUUUAAGGAAAAACUGAAGUUUAGGUAUAUAUUUUUGCAUUGAAUAGUAUUUUUAUUUUUUUUUCUAUGUAGUUUCAGGAAAGAUAAAUACAACAUUUAAAUUUGUGAUGAACUUAUUUAGUUCUAGUUGGCCAAAUUCUUAGAAAAUUCACAGUUUGUGGUUUGAUUUUUAAUUUGAAGAUAUGUAUAUGUAUGCUCAUGCUUAUUCAUUUUUGUUGAUUUUGAUGUUUGUGGUUAUUUUUUAUUCAAGAUAUAUAUUUGUUUCUUUAGAGGCGAGAGGUGAUGAUGAAGCAAUAUUAGACAGACAAUAUACAUUUUUUUAUUUUUUGCUUGCAUUCUUUUGGUCUUAACUAUUGAUGAUGUGAGAGGUGAGAGGUGCUUGCAUUCUUUUAUUUAAGGAACUUUGUUCACUAGAAGUGGCAUGUUGUAACUACAACAUUUAUGAUGAUUUCCUUUAUUGACCUCUAUAAAUAUUUUGAUAUAUUAUUUUUAUAGCGCCAUCUUACUCAAUGGAAAUUCCUUGCAUAUUUUGUUUUCUGUGUCAGUGUUUUUCUGUCAAAAUGCAUUCUGAUAUUACAUUUUUCAUUAUUAUUUACCGCCACUUGUUCACAGUGCAGUUAACAACUUGCCCAUGGGAUACCCUGUUCUACCACAGCCUCCAAUGCCAGCCACAGCUCAACCCCACCUCGACUCAAUGAACUGUGGAAUAUCAAACUGUCAUGUGGUUAAUGGUGUCCCUACACCGAGCAACUAUCAUCCUAUUAGGAUGAACUCUGGAAAUGAUAUGUUGAUGGAUAGCAGUGGUGGUGAUAUGGCACCUGUUAUUCCCCCAAGUAGUGCAAUGUCUUCCAUGUCAGAGAUGGCCAUGAGUCCUACAUCAGUGGCAUCCAGCAGUCACUUCCCAUUCACGGCAUCAGAAAAAUCAGGUAUACUGUCACAGGUAUACAAUGUUUACCUUUCACUUAACUAAAGAUUUGGACUAUCACAGGAAGUUAGAACAUUUUAAUUUUACAUUAUUUUUUAGUACGAGCCCCGCUUUCUUAUUUUAUUUUUAUUCUCAUUAUCUCUAACUGGAGAACAAGAUAGUCAAGUUAUACCUUAUGCUCUUUGUAGUUCAGUCCAACCAGUGAUCAAGCUUGGCAUUCUUUUUAAGGUGCAGCCUGUUGGCAUAAUCCAUGUUGUUGCUAUCAUGACUACACUAGGCAUGAUUCUAUAGCUUGAUCAAGUUUUUCACCAUGCAUUUUAACUACUAAUA